CUUCGGAGUUCGGGUUCUCGGCGCCCGGCCUCGACCCCGGCGCAUCGCGGCUCUCCAUCCUUAGAAGCGUGCGCUCCCGGAAGCCUGGUGUUGAGGAUGCGGAGUCCAGAGUGGGGCCUGCGCCUUUGAGGAAAGAUUGUAAAAUUCCGAAUGCACAGUUGCUAGAGAGUCGCAGGAGCCUGUCCUGAGAGCUGCAGCCCCUGGGCUUGUCGCCCGGCCCGAGCCUCGCGGCGCAGCCCCCUCUCCUGCGGGCCAGCGCCUUUGUCUUAUUUUUCCUUGCGAGCUGAACGUUGGGCCGCGGAGCCCAGCGAGGCGCUUGGGUGUAAAUGAGACCUUUCAGUGGACUGGACCGGGAUCCAGGCAGAGGCUGAUUCUGCCUGCCUGGGUUGGUGGUUUUAAUGGCGUUUGCCUGGAAUGCAGCACCUUUAGGUGGCGGUCGACUGGCGACAUUAGGUGUGUCGCCUGAGGCAUUUGCUAGCCACCUGUGGAAAAAGCUCCCUGCGCUUACUAGGUGUUGUGAAGUACAGGAUUAUACAUUGUUAUUGUGUCUCACAAAGGAACAUUAUUAAAGUAUGCUUUUGGUAGCGUGUGAACCCUGGAUGUUUGAAAGCAAGUGAGAUAGUAUCUAGAACCUAGUUAAACAAAUUUCUAUUAUUUGAGCCUUAAACCUAUACUCACCUACUCACCUGCUCUACCUCGUGCAUGUAUAUUGAUUGUUAUUACCCAACAAUGUUACACCUUCAUGAAUAACUUACUGUAAGAACCACAGAGACACGAUUUCAAAAUACAUUAAGAUAGGAAUAAUGGUGGUUCAUCCAUGUAAUUCUUAGCAGUCUGGGAUGCUGAGGCAGGGAGCUUAACACUUCCCGCAUUAACAACGAACUCCUUAAAAACAAGUCAAAACCUUACAGUUGGAGUAACUGGCAUAAUGAUGAAACAAAAGUUAAGUGCAGCAAGACUCCAAAUAGUCUGAUUCUGAGGAAGGAACGACUGCGUUCUGAUAGUUUUUUUCUUUUAAUAUGCAGUAUGGCUUUUAGUAUUUUAUAAAGAUCUGCAUACAGUUAUUUCCACAUAUUCUGUGAAAUUGUAUUCAGUAUUAAGAAAACUAUGGUAAACAUGAGACAAAAUGAAUGACAUGCUCACACAGUGUACUAUAUACCAUGAGGAUUCAAAUCAGUACUUUCCUUUUGCCAAAAUUGGCCUGGUCGACCUGUGAAAGAAUUCCCUUUAGGCGAGGUCCUUGGUAGAUAGUAUUGAGGACUGAUGUUACUGCUUAAACGGCCUUGUUUUCUAUUGGAAUAUGUGCUCCCUGCAAGACUGGGCUAUGGCCUCUGGCGAAUGGCAGUCAGCGGAAGAAUCCUCCGCAAGGACAUUGUUAGUAUGCUUAACCUCACUUUCUGUGUAUGUUUUACUGUUGUCCUUUGGCGUUCUCGGUGAGACCUGCUUUUAGUGUAUCAUUUUACCCCAGCGAUCUAUUAUUCAUUACCUGAGCGCAUGAGGCAGGCAGUGUUGUGAUGUGCACGUUAGUAAACAUCUUCGUGAGACCAUACUUUGUAUUCUUACCGCGUGUAAUUACAUUUGAGAUUGAACAAAGCUUAGUUUUGUUAUUGAUUUUCCUCUGUCAAGAUGGAUUUGUUACCUGGGGGUUGCAGUUGAUGACAUUUUGAUAUUAAUAUGUUUGCUGCUGCUACCAAGAGCUUCGUCAAGCAAGUUGGAGAUGGAGGGAGAUUAGUUCCGGUUCCAAGCCUCAGUGAAGCCGACAAAUACCAACCUCUAAGUCUGGUGGUAAAAAAGAAGCGAUGCUUUCUGUUUCCUAGAUAUAAAUUUACCUCAACACCCUUUACAUUGAAAGAUAUCCUCCUAGGAGACAGAGAAAUUUCAGCUGGUAUUUCAUCUUAUCAGUUGCUGAAUUAUGAAGAUGAAUCAGAUGUUUCGCUCUAUGGACGUCGAGGCAACCAUAUUGUAAAUGACGUUGGGAUUAAUGUUACUGGAUCAGAUUCCAUUGCAGUAAAAGCUUCAUUUGGCGUAGUUACCAAACAUGAAGUGGAAGUAUCAACAUUACUAAAGGAAAUUACUACACGAAAGAUUAACUUUGACCACAGCUUGAUCCGUCAGUCCAGGAGCAGCAGGAAGGCGGUGCUGUGCGUGGUUAUGGAAAGCAUCAGAACCACGCGGCAGUGCUCGCUGUCAGUCCACGCGGGAAUUCGAGGGGAAGCCAUGCGGUUUCAUUUUAUGGAUGAACAGAAUCCUAAGGGAAGAGACAAAGCUAUUGUUUUUCCAGCACAUACAACCAUAGCUUUCAGUGUUUUUGAACUCUUCAUUUACCUGGAUGGUGCCUUUGACCUUUGUGUCACUUCAGUGUCAAGAGGAGGAUUUGAAAGGGAAGAAACGGCAACAUUUGCACUACUCUACAGACUGAGAAAUAUACUAUUUGAAAGAAAUAGAAGAGUGAUGGAUGCCAUUUCUCGCUCACAGUUUUACUUGGAUGACCUUUUUUCUGAGUACUAUGACAAACCUCUCAGCAUGACUGAUAUUUCACUCAAGGAAGGGACUCACAUAAGAGUUAACUUGCUCAAUCACAACAUUCCUAAAGGGCCUUGCAUAUUCUGUGGAAUGGGGAACUUAAAAAGGGAGACCGUCUAUGGCUGCUUCCAGUGCUCUGUGGAUGGACAGAAGUAUGUUAGACUUCAUGCAGUCCCUUGUUUUGAUAUUUGGCAUAAGAGAAUGAAAUAAAA